CACCCAUUUUUUUGGGUCUAAUGUAUGUUCUAAAUUACUAUUAUUAGAGAUCUUAAAAAAAAUUUCCCAAUAAAAUUUAAUUUAAUUUUUUUCAAAAAAUAUAUAGAUCAAAAAGAAUUUGUAGCAUAAAUUCCAAUUCCUGCGUAGAAGAAGAAUUCCUCUGUAUUUGCUCUCUCCCUCGCUCCGGAAUUCUAGAGAGAGAAACACCAAGCCCUCCCAAACGCCUCUUCUCUCUCACAUUGCCAUUAUUUGAACAACACAAAUACAGUUUGAUUUGAUUUUAGGAGCUCUUCGCAAUUUUCGUUCCUCUCUCUCUACCAGAAAGCAUCAACGGAUCUGGACUUGGGUACCUUCUUGGGUUCAAUUCGAUCAGCAGGACGCAAAGAAAAUUUGAAGUCUCCCUGUUGAAGUGAAUUUUUGCAUAGUAGAAUAAAGCUGCAAUGAAGAAGGCCUUUGAUCAAACAGUUCGGGACAUUAAGAGGGAGGUGAAUAAGAAAGUUCUUAAAGUUCCUGGAGUAGAACAGAAGGUUCUUGAUGCUACUAGCAAUGAGCCUUGGGGUCCUCAUGGAUCUCUUCUUGCUGAUAUUGCGCAGGCUACUAGAAACUAUAAUGAGUACCAGAUUAUCAUGGUGGUAAUCUGGAAGCGUAUAAAUGAUACUGGCAAGAAUUGGCGGCAUGUCUACAAGGCUUUGACUGUUUUGGAAUAUUUGGUUGCCCAUGGGUCAGAUCGUGUCAUAGAUGAAAUCAAGGAACAUUCAUAUCAAAUAUCGACAUUGUCCGAUUUUCAAUAUAUUGAUUCCGGUGGAAGGGACCAGGGAAGCAACGUUAGAAAGAAAUCUCAGAGUCUUGUGGUUCUUGCGAAUGAUAAAGAGAGAAUACAAGAAGUGCGACAGAAGGCUGCUGCUAACAGGGACAAGUUUCACAACGCAUCAAUGGGUGGUAUGCAUAGGCAUGGAUCAUAUUCGAGUACAGGAGGAUAUGAUGAUGACCACUGCGGAAGCAGAGAUGAUGACCGCUACGGAAGCAGAGAUGAUGACCGGAAUGGUCAUGGGAGAGAAAGAGAAUAUAGGGAUGAUGAUCGUUAUGGUAGGUAUGGGGACUCAUAUGGUCGUGAUGGAGAACGCCAUAGUAGAGAUUCUGAUGAACGCUAUGGCAGAGAUGGUUAUAGGGAUGAUGAUUCCCGGGGAAGAAGUCGAAGCAUUGAUGACUCUCAGUAUGGCUCGAGAAGUAGGAGUGCUAACAGAGAGAGGGACUGUACUUAUGGAGAUGAUGGUCAAUAUUCAGCUAGCAGAGGCAGUGGUGCUAAGGCUGAUGAUCAUUCUCAAGAAGGAAGUUUUUCAGGCAGGCCGCUUGAACGGAAAUAUUCUGAACAAAAUCUUGGUGCCCCUCCUAGUUAUGAAGAGGCUGUGAGUGAGGCUCGUAGCCCUGUUCAGGGUGAAAGGGUCGGAGAAACUCCAGCUGCAUCUGCUCCCAAAACAUCUGUUCCUCCUGUAACCGCUAGUCCCCAAGCAAUCCCUGUACCCGACAUGUCUGCUUCUUCGGCUCAUGCUCUGGAUCCUGCUUCCCCUCCUGCUCCUGCUCCUGCUCCUGCUCCUGCUUCUCCUCCUGCUCCUGCUCCUGUAAACCAGCAAGUUAAUGGCUUUGACGAAUUUGAUCCACGCGGUUCAUUUUCAGCUGCCCCAACUACCUCAAAUGGUGAUGAAUUUGACCUACUUGGCUCUUUAUCAGAGUCAUUUUCCUCCAAUCCAUUGGCCAUCAUGCCAAAUACAGCUGAAGCUAAUGCCCCAGCAGACUUCAGCUCUGCACCUACAUUUGCAGCCACACCGUCAGCAUCCACUGUCACAAAUCAGCCUUUUGAAGAUCCAUUCGGCGACGGUCCAUUUAGGGCUCUCCCUUCUACCGAUGGUGUCACAGCUCCACCCCCGACCCACAAUAUUUCUACUACAUCUUCAUUCGAUCCUAUUGCCAAUCAAAGUUCUGAACUUACCCAACCAUUUGGCGACACUUUUCCUGGCAUGUCUCCAGAUGCUCAACUUCUUUCAACAAAUGCACAAUUCUCACCCCCGGAGGUUGAUAUUUUAGCAGAUAUUCUCCCCCCGUCGGGACCUUCACAGACAGGUUUUCCCGUUCAAGCCAGCCAGCCUGCAUCAAUGGUGGGUUUUUCAGCUCAAGCUGCCCAAGCUGCACCACAAACAAGUUUUACAUCUCAAACUGGCCAACCUCACUUGCAUACUAGUUUUUUGGCUCAAGCCCUACCCACAUCACAGACUGGUUUUGUCGGCCAGCCUGGACGACUGACAGGUUUUUCGGCUCAACCUGAUCCCUUAACAGGUUUUUCAGGUCAAAUGAGCUCUGCAUCACACACAGGUUUUCCGUGCCCAAGCCCUUCUCAACCUGCACAGCCAGGUGCUAAUUUUUAUGGGAACUUUCUCCAACAGCCGGGAUCUACAGCUCCAGCAGCUCCACACAUGGUGGCUUCUCAAACUACUGCUGUCCCAACCGCACAGUACAACACUGCAAACUUCCUUCCCCAAACCAAUCCUGCAGUAACUUCACAAAUGGCUCCACAAGCUCCAGGUGGACCAGCAGUGCAGCAGCAUAACAAUGAUGUCCUGGGGGGUAACUUCCUUCCACAAGCACAGCCAACUGCUACCGUGACCUCUCAGCCUGCUCUUACACCUUCAACAGGAUCGCUUGCUAUAGUUCCUCAACAACCAGACAAGAAGUUUGAGCCCAAGUCUUCAGUUUGGGCUGAUACCCUGAACCGAGGGCUAGUUAAUUUUAAUAUAUCUGGACCUAAAACAAAUCCACUGGCAGAUAUCGGAAUCGACUUUGAAGCCAUGAACCGUAAGGAAAAGAGGAUGGAGAAACAGCCUACAACGGCUACCGUGACAUCAACUAUUACCAUGGGUAAAGCUAUGGGAUCUGGUUCUGGGAUAGGUCGCGCUGGUGCAAAUGCCCUCAGGCCUUCACCAAAUGCCAUGGUCGGUUCUGGCAUGGGCAUGGGUAUGGGUGGUGGACCUGGUGCAGGCAUGGGUGUGGGUGGUGGUCCUGGUGCAGGUAUGGGUAUGGGAAUGGGUGGUGGUCCAGUUGCAGGUAUGGGUGGUGGCCCUGGCCCAGGUAUGGGUAUGGGAAUAGGUGGCAACCCUAGACCGGGCAUGGGUCUGGGAAUGGGUGGUGGCCUUGGGCCAGGCAUGGGUAUGGGUAUGGGAAUGGGAAUGGGUGGUGGCCCUGGGCCAGGCAUGGGUAUGGGAAUGGGUGGUGGUGGUGCCGGUCCAGGCAUGGGUAUGGGAGGCUAUGGAGGAAUGAAUCAACCCAUGGGUAUGGGGGGCUAUGGAGGAAUGAACCAACAACCCAUGGGGGGUAUGGGGAUGAAUAUGGGAAUGGGUAUAGGUCAAGAAGCCCAAAUGCAACCAAGUGGUUUCCCUCCUGCAUCUAACAUGAACAUGCCUGGUGGAUAUAAUCCAAUGAUGGGUAGGGGUAAUUAUGGUCCCCAACAACCAUAUGGUGGUGGCUACCGAUGAGAUCAAGAUCAAGCCACCUUGCUCCUGGGAAUGAGAUUGGAAAAGGUAAUGAGUGAUGUUCUUGUUGUGACGUAAAGAUUGGAUGGACGGUAGACCUGGUGGUAACGCUCUCAAGCUCCUCCCUAUAUGAUACGCACAAUGCCCGGUCCUGCGGUUUUGGUGUUAAAAGCUUUAUUAUUCUUUUUAUCAUUUGUAAUUUUCUUGGGAAGCUGCUUGUAGAAAUGUAUUAUCAUUGCGAUGAAGUUUUUUUACGCAGUUGCUGUGACAUUCUUUUGGGUCAGAAGUUCUACAGAGUUGAGUGAGUGAUCUUAGUUGUGAAGUUGUUAUACCAUAGGGAGGACAACCUCUCUCAGGCGCCUCUUUCAUAUCCUCCAUACAUGAUUCUUUUUUUAUUUUUUCAAAAUUUUGUUACUUGGGUCAGAGAUUUUGUAUUAUGGCAUGCUUAAUUGCUGAGCAAUGACAUUGAUGAUUCAUUUUUACCCCGCAAUAUACUUGGCCACUGUUUUAUUUGUGA